AUGGGUUUGAUGAAAAGUGCUUUCAAGGUCUCCAUCGCGGGCGCCGCCUCCAUCGGUGUCUUCUGGGGAGCCACGCGCAAUGACGUCUUCGAGCCCAUGCAAGCCUCCGAUCCCAUCUUCCAAUCGCCCUUCUUCAAGAAGUUCAACCCGGAACAGAACCCUACCUUGCACGACCUGUGCGUCCGUCGCAUUCCACUCGACAAGAUCAAGCCCGAGCUGCUGGAAAACAAGGGCAAGCUGACCGAGGCCUUCUGUGCUGGUGUUUGGGGUGGCAUGGGCUACAUCGUUCAGCGCGCCUACCUUUCCAACAAGUACCAGGGUCCCGAAAACGCCUCUCACCUGUGGAAGCGCAGGGAUCUGCUCAAAAACAAAUACGACGUCGGCACCAUCGUGACCGACCACUUCGAGGUCGUCGAGAAGACCGAGGACCACAUCAUCGUCCGCUGUGGUGAUUCGCCCCGCAACCAGGAUGUCCGUCCCUCUGACGGUCUCUUCGAGAUCGGUGCCGUGAUUAAGCAGGAGGAGGGCGUGGCCGAGUUUACUUUGAAGAGCUGCUUCUACCAGGGUUUGGGCAAGGCCGAGGGUGUGCCUAUGGGUCCGGUUAUAACCUGGUUGCACCAACAAUAUACAAAGCUAUUGCUGGAGACUGCGGUCCUGAAGAACUGCGUUCGGUAA